UCCAAGUCGUUGGCAGUGGGUAUUGCGGCGGCCCGAGCCGGGGUUCUUGCGCCGAGAUGCUUCAAAGCCUUAUUAAAAAUGUUUGGAUCCCCAUGAAGCCCUACUAUACCCAGGUUUACCAGGAGAUUUGGUUAGGAAUGGGGUUGAUGAGUGUCAUCAUUUAUAAAAUCAGGAGUGCUGAUAAAAGAAGUAAAGCUUUGAAAGCUUCCAGUCCUGCGCCUGCUCAUGGCCAUCAUUGACCGGCUGUACUUGGAGCACACGUCCGAUGGAGCAUCAGUCUGUUUGUAAAUCUCAGCGCGCUGUUAGAUGGGAACGUGGAGCGCCGCCGUACACUUGUAGAUGUGUUGUGUCCCCUGUGGCGUGAAUAAAUGUACCUGAGGUGC